GCGGCGAGGAGCACCGGCCGGGCUGGGCGGCGCAGGAUGUGGCGGGCCCGCGCGGCGGCGGCGGCGGCGGCGGCCUGCGCCUGUCAGAACUUAGCCAAUGGGACCUACAGAGCAAGAGGAAAGUUGCCGCUGCAGAAAUUGCACCUUGUUUCGCGAAAAACUCAUCAUUCCUGCCAUCCCGUUUCCAAGUUACCAAGGCUUCUGUUAUGGACCACGGCACAGCAGUACUCCACCCUUAAUCGCCUUCCCUUGCGCCGCCCCAGGCUCCUUGUAAAGUACGGGUUCCAGCCUUACAGGAACUUUUGGCUUGCUCGGGUAGCAUCCAGGCUGUUGAGGCUCCGCUAUGUCGUCCUGGGGUCUGCGGUGGGUGGCGGCUACACAGCCCAAAAGACAUACAACCAGUGGAAGGAUGCGCUGCCUGACCUCAGUGAAUAUAAAUGGAUUGUUCCUGACUUCCUAUGGGAAAUUGAUGAAUACAUUGAUUUUGAAAAACUUAAAAAGGCUCUUCCAGAUUCUGAAGAGCUGGCAAAACUAAUGCCCGACUUCCACAAGAUCAGCGAGAGCAUCAGUUCCUUGUCUGGUUUCUUUACACCUGGUUACAAUUUGGUUAAUGAAGUCAUAGGAGCUUCUGAUCUACUUCUAUUGUUAGGUUCUUCAGGGGAUACGGCGUUCAGAGCCACAGACAAGGGAGGCGAGAAUGAGAAACAGCACAAGAAGGGUCUCCUGGGCGAACUCAUUCUCUUGCAGCAGCAAAUCCAGCAGCACGAAGAGGAUGUCCGCCGAGCUGCUGACCAAUAUGGGCCAGGCUCCUCCCAGCAGAAACGAAAGGUUUCCGAUAAAGAAAAGAUCGAUCAGCUCCAAGAGGAAUUAUUACGUACGCAGUUGAAAUAUCAACGGAUGCUUGAGCGUUUAGAGAAGGAGAAUAAAGAGCUGAGGAAGAUUGUCUUGCAGAAAGAUGAGAAAGGCAUUCAUCAGAGGAAGCUAAAGAAAUCUUUGAUUGACAUGUACUCUGAAGUUCUGGAUACUCUGUCAGAUUAUGAUGCUAGCUACAAUACCCACGAUCACUUGCCUCGGGUGGUCGUGGUUGGAGAUCAGAGUGCUGGCAAAACCAGCGUGCUGGAAAUGAUCGCUCAAGCCCGGAUCUUCCCUCGAGGCUCAGGAGAAAUGAUGACGCGCUCGCCUGUUAAGGUCACUCUCAGCGAAGGUCCCCACCACGUGGCUGUGUUCAAGGACAGUUCUCGAGAGUUCGAUCUGACCAAGGAGGAAGAUCUGGCAGCCUUGAGGAACGAGAUCGAGAUCAGGAUGAAGAAGAGCGUGAGCGACGGUUGCACAGUCAGCUCGGAGACGAUAUCCCUCAGCGUUAAGGGGCCUGGCCUGCAGCGGAUGGUGCUGGUAGAUUUGCCCGGGGUCAUCAGCACGGUGACCUCAGGGAUGGCUCCAAACACAAAAGACAUCAUCUUCAGCAUCAGCAAAGCCUACAUGCAGAAUCCGAAUGCCAUCAUCCUGUGCAUCCAAGAUGGGUCCGUGGAUGCCGAACGCAGCAUCGUCACCGACCUGGUCAGCCAAAUGGACCCUCAGGGCAGGAGGACCAUCUUCGUUUUAACAAAAGUGGAUCUGGCGGAGAAGAACGUGACCAGUCCGAGCAGGAUUCAGCAAAUCAUCGAAGGCAAACUCUUCCCAAUGAAGGCUCUGGGGUAUUUUGCUGUGGUUACCGGAAAAGGAAACAGCAGUGAAAGUAUUGAAUCUAUUAGAGACUAUGAAGAGGAGUUUUUCCAAAACUCGAAACUAUUGAAGAAUUGCAUGCUGAAACCCCAUCAGGUGACCACACGCAACCUCAGCCUUGCUGUGUCAGACUGUUUUUGGAAAAUGGUGCGUGAAUCCGUGGAGCAGCAGGCAGAUGCCUUCAAAGCAACCCGCUUUAAUUUGGAAACGGAGUGGAAGAAUAAUUACCCCCGCUUGCGAGAGCUGGACCGGAAUGAGCUGUUUGAAAAAGCCAAGAAUGAAAUCCUUGAUGAAGUCAUAAGUUUGAGCCAGGUGACCCCCAAGCACUGGGAGGAAAUUCUUCAGAAGUCUCUCUGGGACAGAGUUUCGACACACGUGAUAGAAAACAUCUACCUUCCGGCGGCGCAGUCUCUGAACGCAGGGACUUUUAACACCACCGUGGACAUCAGGCUGAAGCAGUGGACUGACAAACAGCUGCCCAACAAAGCCGUAGAGGUGGCCUGGGAGACCCUCCAGGAGGAGUUUUCUCGCUUCAUGACGGAGCAGAAGGGCAAGGAGCACGACGACAUCUUCGACAAACUGAAGCAAGCCGUGAAGGAGGAGAGCAUCAAGCGGCACAAGUGGAACGAGCGGGCGGAGGACAGCCUGAGGGUGAUCCAGCACAACGCCUUGGAAGACCGGUCCAUCUCCGACAAGCAGCAGUGGGACGCUGCCAUCCAGUUUAUGGAGGAGACCCUCCAGAGCCGCCUGAAGGACACGGAGUCAGUCAUUGAAGACAUGGUGGGUCCGGACUGGAAAAAAAGGUGGCUGUAUUGGGUGAAGCGCACGAAAGAGCAGUCGGUCCGCAAUGAAACAAAAAAUGAACUUGAGAAGAUGAUAAAAUGCAACGAAGAACACCCGGCUUACCUUGCGAACGACGAGGUCACCACUGUCCGAAAGAACCUCGAGGCCCGAGGGGUGGCGGUUGACCCCUGCUUGAUCAAGGAUACCUGGCACCAGGUUUACAGGCAGCAUUUUCUGAAGAAAGCCUUGAGCCACUGCAAUCUCUGCCGGAGGGGCUUUUACUACUACCAGAGGCAUUUUGUGGACUCGGAGCUGGAGUGCAACGAUGUGGUGCUCUUCUGGCGGAUCCAGCGGAUGCUGGCCAUCACCGCCAACACCCUCAGGCAGCAGCUCGCCAACACCGAAGUGAGGCGCCUGGAGAAGAACGUCAAGGAAGUGCUGGAGGACUUUGCUGAAGACUGCAGGAAGAAGAUGACCUUGCUAACAGGGAAGCGCGUGCAGCUCGCGGAGGAUCUCAAAAAGGUUCGGGAGAUCCAGGAGAAGCUUGAAGUCUUCAUCGAAGCCCUCCAUCAAGAGGAGAAGUAGCUGGCUCACCCAGUAAAGGUCUAUGGAAAGACAAAGCCUUGCUGUGGCGCAUAUGGUGGUCACCUCUCUGCUGCACGUUUUGGAGUCUCCCAGAAUGUCGCAGAAGGAAAUGCUGUGCUUGGAGGAAGCCAGUCGGCUCGUGGAUGCUCUUCAGAACGAGAAGCAAAGCAAGGAGACAACAGAAACCUGGACUCAGUCGCAUCCUUGAAAUGACAGCUUAUGGGGUGGUAUCCAGACCGUGCAAUUCUCCUCUCCCCUUUUUUGUUUUGAAGAUGGGAUAAACAGAAGUGAGGGAUUUUCAGCCCAAAAUGGUCUUCUCUCCCGCCUCCUCCAUUAUAUGUAAGCCCCGAGGAGCUUAAAAUAAAAUUUUGGCAUCUGUACAUA